UGGUCGGAAAAAACAAAUUCAAAAUUAUUAACUCUGUUAGAAUCGAUAAUUUAAUUAUUCAAAAAAAAAAAUAAAAUGGAUUCACGGAUGUUAGUGGGUAUAUAUUUGAUCAUGGGAAUUUUCGGACAUGGAUACGGUGAAAUAAACCCGAAAAGUUGGAAGCAAUCUGUCGAGGAUGUCAAUUCAAAAGGAGAUCACAAAGAAAACAAAGAAACUGCAAUGAAUAGAGACUGCAUUAAAUCCUACAGCAUGACGUGUCUGAAACUUGACGUCGUUUCGUUCGUGGACAAAAUUUCGGAGCAACAAAACUUGGGAUUGUUCCCUGGAAUUUCGGUGGUCAAGGAAAACAAUACGGACAGCAUACCGGCUUCGGAGCUCGUUGCCAAUUUGGCCCGCGAUUUUCCUAAUGAUGUCGAAAAAAGAUUGGACGCUUUUCUGGUCCACAAAAUUGGAAUGUAUUUAAACAGUCAUUCGAUUUCUAUAAAACUUUUUGAUGCCAAAACACUUGAAGACGCGCGAAAUUUGAACCAAGAAGUCAAGAGUUUUGGAAUUUUCAGCACCGACUCGGAAACAGAUACAGGCCGUGGCAAAAAGGACAAAUCAGGAAUGAGCACCCUCACAGCCGGAAUUAUGAUGAUGAAAGGAACCCUCGGAGCCCUAGGAUUCGGUGCUCUAGCGAUGCUAGCCGGCAAAGCGCUGAUGACAGGCCUAAUGGCACUGAUGCUGUCAGCAAUAGUCGGCCUGAAAUCCUUGACCAGCAGCUCCGAGAAGAAAACCACCUACGAAGUGAUCGCCAAGCCCGUUUACACGAACACUCACUCCCACAGCAGCGAAGAGCACCACGCAGGUCACGGUUACGGGCACUCGGGUUACGGGAGGUCAAUUGACCUCUCGGACUCACUGGUCCAAGAAAGCAUCCAGAAGUACAGCAACCCCCGAAAUCGACGUGGCGUCUAAUUCAAUCAUAAUUUUUCAUAAAAAAACCAUUAAUUAAAACUGUUAGAAGAUUUAUUUAUGUAAUUUAAUUGUUAUUUAUUUUAUAUCUUGUAUUUAAAUUUAAAUAAAGUAAUUGAUGAUA